UCCUCCUCUUUCUAUAAGAGGUGUUUUCUCUUUCCUGCCGAUAAAACCUCCCAGCUAAAUUGCUCAGAGGCAGAAACUUUGUUGCAGCCAAACCUUUCUAGCAGCACAUCUGGAAUUGGUUUCUCUUAGCUGCCGCCAUAGAUUUAUAACUAUUGGCACAUUGGUCCACAGGAUUUCCUUGGCUGAAAAGUGAUCCUUUCCCAUCACUACCACCACUCAAUUACCAUGAAGGCAUUUCUGGGACUCUUCCUCUUCUCUGUCUUCCUGGCUACAGGUGCUGGGUUGCAGUGUGAAACAUGUGUUGCAUCAGGUGAUAAUUGUUCUGGCAAGAAAGAAACAUGCCCUUCCAAUUCAGAUGCCUGCCAUCAUAUAGUGACUGAAAUGAAAACAGGAGGGUUAGACGUUAAAACUACUCUGAAGGGAUGUGGCCAGAAAUCUGAGUGCCAAAGAUUACGGGGAGAAGUAGGGAAGGUUGUUUCUGCACAAGUUAUGGGCCUUCAAGCUGGAUCUGUUGUUAAAAGUGUGGUGUGCAGCAAGGCCUCCACCACUUCUGCUUCCCUCCUGCUGGCCCUCUCUGGUCUCCUCCUGAUGAAGUCCCUCUUCUAAAACAUCUUGCACCUGAGUCAGCUAGGAAAAGCGACUCUUUAUCAUCUGCAUGUACGCAGUCUUCUCUGAAGCUUUCAGUAUUAUGCUUAUCACGUACAGUUUACUCAAUGAGGGUAAAAUAAAAAUCAAAUUAUAUUAAAAAAGAAA